AUGGCAGCUGAGGAGGAAAUAUUUUUGCGAGCAAAACAACGCACUUAUAAAGGUUUUACCGAAGAUGAGCAGAAAGAGUGGAAAGGUCCAUUUUGCUUCAUCCAGGCAGCUGACCCACAGCUGGGGCUGAUGAAGGCCUGGAGGGUAGGAGACUGUGAUAAAGGAGGAGAUGAGUGGGCAGAAGAGGUGCAGCUCACCAAACAGGCUGUCGAGGCCAUCAACAAACUGCAGCCUCGGCCUCGGUUCCUGGUUCUUUGUGGGGAUUUGGUCCAUGCCAUGCCAGGCUGCCCAUUCAGAGAGGAGCAGGAGAAGGACCUGAAGGAAGUCCUGCGGGGCAUCCAUCCAGAAAUCCCACUUGUGUUUGUCAGCGGUAACCAUGAUGUGGGCAACAAACCCACCCUGGACACGGUGCAGCAGUUCUGCCGUGCCUGGGGUGACGACUACUUCAGUUUUUGGGUGGGUGGAGUGCUGUGUCUGGUGCUGAACUCCCAGCUGUUCUUCGAUGCGUCUGGCUGCCCAGAACUGGACAAAGCUCAGGAGGAAUGGAUGGAGAUACAACUGCAGAAAGCGGCCCAGAGCUCAGCACGGCACGUGCUUAUCUUCCAGCACAUUCCGCUGUAUCGAAACCUUCCGGAGGAGGACGACGACUACUUCAACAUACAGAGAGCCAAGAGAGAGAGCCUCAUUCACAGAUUCCAGCAAGCAGGUGUGAAAGCAGUGUUCUCCGGCCACUACCACCAGAAUGCAGGGGGAGGCCACACUGGGCUGGACAUGGUGGUGAGCUCAGCAAUUGGACUCCAAAUGGGCAAGGAUGCUCAUGGAGUCCGAGUGGUGGUGGUGACGGCUGAUGAGAUCAUCCAUCGCUACCAUAGUCUGGAGCAGCUGAGUGAAAAGGGCGUGGACGAAGAUCUGAUAAAACUGCUCUCUUGAAUGUGGGUUUUUGGUAGCCUGCUAAGAUUUUGGGUUCUUAUAUAAGGGUUUUGGGUCUGGUGAAAAUUUGAGAAAUUUGAUUCCUGAUAUGUUGAAAAAAAUCUCAGUUGUAUAAGUGGCAUUUCAUUUCCCUCUGAAGGCUGCUAAAAAAAACAGUGGACUGACGAUUCAGAGGUCACAAUAUCUCAAGGUGCCAAUUGUAGGUAGUUUAUCUCCUGCAUUCCAAUCCUUUCAUUGCACUCGUGGCUUUUAUAGAUUGCACAGUUGCCUUUUAGAAAUAAGAGGGUUCUAAACCAGAACCGUCCCCCUCUCAAUCCUUCAUACUCCAGUCUAGGCUCUCGGUAUUUGAACCAGCCGAUUUCACCUGGGAAUGCCUUCAUUCUGUUAUGUCUGCAUCAUUUAAUAAUUCUAAUAAGCAGAUGGAAAGCAUAAGGCUAGAUAAACAGCAUUAAAGCCUGUCGCUUGUUGAUUUCAUUCUCUGCCUCUGUGCCCAUUACACUCUUCCUACUCUACGAGGUGAGAAGAGGCAAUCUCCAUGGAAACUACUGAAAGACAUGAUGGUUAAGACUGGGACUUAUACAGACUAGUUCAGUCAGUGGAUCAUCAGAAACCAUUACAGAUCCCCUACUUGUUUUAGCACUGGUUUUAUCUUUCGUGAUCAGGAUCUUUGAUCACUUAGCACAUGACACGUAGACUACUAAAAAAGAAGCUAAGGUAUAUUGAUGGUCUGUGUUUAGGCUGAGAGCUUGUACUGAUUUAGCUCUGUGUCUUUUUAAGCUUUGUGUCAGAACUGAGAAUAUCUUAAAAGCCAAAUAUGAGCCGCUCAGGUGGCACAGCGGUAAAAACACACGCUGUUCACCAGAGAUCUCGAAUACAUCGUAUCGAAUCUCUGCUCUGCCUGCCGGCUGAGGCUGAGCGGCCACAUGAACAACGAUUGGCCUGUUGUUCAGAUAGGGGCAGGAUUAAGCCGGAUGGUGUCUCUCUGUCAGACUAGUGCGAUUACGACCUCUGCUGGCUGGUUGGUGGCGCCUGCACGGAGAUGGGAAAGGAGUGCGGUAGAGCGCUGUACUUUUCUCGUCAAGUGUAGGUGAUAAGAUGUUCGAUUGCUGUGCACGUGUCGGAGGGGGCGUGGUGCAGCCUCGUCCUCCCCAAUCAGGAGCAGGGACCAGCAUCAGUGAGAGGAUGAUUGACGGGCAGAAAUUGUAUGCGCUAAAGUGGGAGAAACAGGGAAAAAAAAAAAGCUAAAAAUAAACAUUCGUUCAGCAAAUAAUUCAAUGCCCUUUUUUUUUACCUGAGUCUUAUAUUAUAUUAUAUUAAUUAUAUUAUAUUAUAUUAAUUAUAUUAUAUUAUAUUAUAAUAUAUUAUAUUACAGCUUUGAAAAAACAUUUACUCUAAUCAUGUAUCGUAUUCUGGCGUCUGCAAUCACAGAAUCACAUUUGUCCUUAUGUUUGGGGUCCAUUUAAUAACAUUAAAGUGCAAUUGAGAGAUGGGAGGAAUAUCAGAAGGACACUUAAACACUUACAAAUAACAAAUAACACACUUUGUUAGGUGACUUAUAGUCUUUACAUUGUAUUUUUAUGUUCACUUUAUGUUUAUUUUGGCGGGCGCUGGUGAGCAGGCAAUGGAGUAGGACUGUGCAAUGGAGUUUUUUUGAGCAUUUAUUCAUAUGUACUACAAUAUUUGUGCUUUAAUACAUGAAAGAACACUUCGAAGCCAGUUGGAGCCAUAAAAGUUGUAUCUAUGGCCGCUAGUCUCCAUAAAUAUAAGUACAACGGGACUGCAGGUAGCAGACUACCAUUUUACCAUUUUAUGUUUAUUUUAUGAGAAUUUGAGCCAAAUGUUUCAUGUGAUUUUUUUUUCCACCUUGAUUCUGGUUCCUUAAGCCUUUUCUUUUCACUAAAUGCCUUGGAAAAUCAUACCGUAGCACCUUAUCAUGUUCUUGACUGUAUUCUUUACUUAA